ACAAGAACUUGCACUGCUCCCAGAAAUCAGCGUACAUGUGAUUGCGAUCAACCCAUACACAAACAUAGGCCAUCACCCAGGUCUUUUGAUCACAAAUUCCUCAACUUGGACCGCAGAGCCGCAGCGUCACAAUGGGCAAGAGAAAGAAGAGUUCCCGCAAGCCGGCGGGCCCUAAGAAGAACGAUCCCCUGCCGACCCAGUUCACAUGCUUAUUCUGCAACCACGAAAAGUCUGUUGAAGUCAAGCUGGAGAAGAAGAUGGGAACUGGCGAUCUCGAGUGCAAAGUCUGCGGGCAGAAGUUCCAGUGUGGCAUCAACUAUCUAUCCGCGCCGAUCGACGUCUAUAGCGAAUGGGUUGAUGCAGCAGACGCGGUGGCAAAGGAGGCAGGAGGCUCCAGGGGCGGACCCUCAACGUCCUCAGCGCGACCUGGAGCCAGACAGUCCGCGGCCGACCGAUAUGCCAACGAUGAUGAGGACGACCGCAGAUAUGCAGGUGAGGGCAUUGUGGAGGAUGACGACGAAUAUUAGGUCUCUCUUCAUUGAUGCUAUUUGCCUGAUGCGAAAUGGGACGUAUCCCUGACCUACGUCUCUACGCGGGCUCUUUCCAUCUAAUUACGCACUGGUUGGGCACGACCACGCCACGCGAGCAUUGCUGUACCUAGAGAAGUAACAAAUUCGUUGGAAUGCCUAGGACAUCC